AUGGCUGAUGUCCAGACCAAAGCCGCGGCAUUUAUUGCUGUGACUGUGCAGCGUGCGUGCCACAACUCCUUCAUCGAGUGGGCCAAGGGCGAUUCGCCACACGCCAAGUACACCGUGUCCAGCGUGAUCUUCGUUGCGCAAAUCAUCUGCGUUGUCAUUGGCUGGACUUUGGCCCACAGCACUGGUGGGAAAGAAGACUUGAAGAAGUGCUUCGAUGUGGGAAACCUGACGAAGUUCUUCCACAUUGGCCUCAUCUAUGCCUUGGGAGACAUCUUUGAGAUGGAGUCCGUGAACUAUAUCGAUUCCUCCACGUACACGGUGCUGUCCCAGUCAAAGCUCAUCAUCACAGCGACACUGAUGUGGCUCCUGGAUGGCUCCGCCCAGAGCGUCAUGCAGUGGUUCAUCCUCUUUACGACUUCCUCGGGCAUGCUCGAGUAUGUUUUGGUGGGAAAGGCCAAGGGUGGAGCCAUGACCUUCAGCGUCUUCGGCGUUUGCCUUGCUUUGGUCAAGGUCAUGAUUAGCUGCUAUGUGGCUGUCCUGAACACCAAAGCGCUGAAGCGGGACAGCAACCCCUUUCCGGUGCAGCGCCUGGGCUGCGCGUUGUGCCGACGGUGUUGUGGGCCCCAUGCGGAUUUCACCUUUCACCCCAUCACCAGCGUCCAUAUGCGUCCAUUGUCCGUUCCCUUCUGUCCCUUCCAUUUUUCGGAAAGAGCCGAGUCCACCUACCUGAGGUUCUCUUGCCUCAAGGUCUCCUGGGCCAUGGCCAGUCUGGUCUACAUGGUCGUGAAGGACUUGAGAGAGCUCUUCUUGGCUGCGGUUAAUUCUCUAUCUUCCGUGCCUGCGAAGGAUGGCAUCUUGGGCGAUGGUAUGUUUGGUGAGUGGACGCACCGCACGGUGGUCCUCGUCUUCUGCGGUUUCAUUCUGAAGACGCUCUUCAAUCAGUACCUGCUCAAGGUCCUGGACGCCAUCUGGAAGAACAUCAGUGAGGCGAUUGGCGUGAUCCUCGUGUACUUUGGGCGCGUGAUGUUCUUGGGAGGGAAGUACGACCCCACCGUUUUCAAUGCUGGUGUGACGGUCGUGCUCGCUUGCAUUGCGUAUGUCCUUUCCAAGGACCUGCAAAGAAGGUCGGUUCGCGGCGUUGCACCCGCUCGAGUCUUUGCAGAUGCCAUGCAGCGUGUCAUGUUCUUUACAGUUCGUGGUGUGCUGGGACUUUCAGGGGCAGAUCCAGGUUGCGUGGUUGGUGGUUGCAUGGUUGCGUCAAAAGAGCCCUUCAGGUUCUCGGUCUUCUCCAGCCUACUCGUCGCGUCAUUGCUUGUGCAGUUCUCGGAGUAUUGGGUCAAAUGUUCAGUGCUUAAGAGGGGCCUCUCAUGUGUUGCGGUGCAAAAGUUCCUGGAUCCGACAGGAAACAGAAUUGCAUGCCGCUCGGACCGUGGCGAUGGCAAACUCUGCGUCAGCCGUGAGCAGGUCAAAGACAUUGUGGAGACUCUGACUGACUUCUGCUUCUCACGUGAUCAACAACCCGAGGAGACCUACAUUUGGAUCUGCUGCCUGGGCCCCGUAGCAGGCCUGUGCAUCAACCAGCACCGGGUGAAAGAAGCACAGGAGUCCGGGGACGUCGUUCCGUUUGAAGAUUUUGAGCAGGCCUUUGGCCAGCGGGUUUCGGGCAUUGGCCACAUCAUCGCCAUGAUGGCUCCUUGGCACGAGCCUCUUUACAUCUCCCGCAUUUGGUGCGACUUCGAGAUGUUCACGGCCAAGCAUGUGGCCGAGUCACAGGUGACCAUCGUGAUGCCACCGCGCGAGGCAGAGGACCUGCGCCAGGAGCUCGUCAAUGGCCAAGGUGUGAAGGCUGUGUGGAAUGUGCUUUCACGCCUCGACGUCGAGAAAGCCCAGGCCUCCGUCAGCAGAGAUCGGGAACUCAUUCUACAGCUGAUUCAUGAUGGCCCCGGCGCCCACAAGCUCAACACCGUUAUUGCGGAGCAUCUGAAAGAUUGGAUCUUGGAAGCCUGCGAGGGGCAUUUGCUCCGGGCGCUCCAGGAGGACCAAGUGUCUCCUGCCAUAGCGAAUCUUUGCAACGAGGUUGGUGGCCUCCUCGCAGAUUUGGGCUACUUGGAGAGAGCUCGCUUCUUGCUGGAGGAGGGCUUGAGGUUGUACGAGAAUGCUGGUACGUUGGGGACAAGUCCGGGCGCAGACUUACUGGCUAACUUGGGCGAAAUCCACGAGAAACAAGGGGAUCUUGAUGUCGCCGCCGAGAUUUAUGAGCGUGCGGCGCUGUGCUUCGCGGCUGCUUCGGCCCCGGAGCCCUUGGACUACGCGGCGCUGAAGCGGCGCCAGGGACGGCUCCUCGGAGUGCGAGGCGACUUGGAGGGCAAGCUGAGGCUCUAUGAGGAGGCACGACGGAUCUGCGAGUUAGCAGAUGCCUUGGAGUCCACAGAAGGAACUGUGCUCCUCUCAUCCAUUGGUGCUGCGAAGCGGCAGGCGGGCGACAUGGAGGCAGCUGUGCAAGCUUAUGAGGAAGCGCUCCGAAUUCACGAGCGGCUCCAAACACUGGACUCGCCAGAGGGCGCCACGCUGCUCUCCAACAUUGGCGUGGCGCGGCUCCGGCAGAGGAAGAAGAAAGCUGCAAAGCAGGCUUUCGAGCGGGCCCUGUCCAUUCGAGAAAAGACCGGCACUGUCGAGACCUCGGCCGGAGCCACUCUCCUCACGAACAUUGCCGAUGUCCAGGAGCUGUUCGGAGACACGGAGGGCGAGCUCAGGCUGUACUUGAAGGCCAAAGACAUUCGCGAGAAGACAGGCACCUUGGACUCCUCAGCCGGAGCAGUGGUUCUGUCACACAUUGGAGGCAUCUACGCGAAACAAGGAGAUCCCACGGAAGCGCUUUCGUGGUAUGCGCGUGCACGGGAGGCACGCGAGAAGUCCGAGACCUUGGAGACCGAUGCCGGCGCCAAGCUGCUGUUGAAGGCGGCGGAGCUGCUCGGCCAAGGCGACCGCCGCGGCGAGGCGGCGGCACUCUUGGAGGAAGCUUGGGGGAUUCGCACCCGCUCCGAGACCCUCCAUUCAGAAUCUGGCUUGAAGCUCCUCUCCUCCCUGUGCAACCUGCGUGCGGAGAUGGAGGAGUGCGAUGUUGCCGAGGAGGUUUGGGAGGCGGCGAGGGCAGUGGCGGAGGCGAUGGGCGACGGCUCCAAGAUGCCUGGAGUCAGGCUUAUGUCGGCCUUGCUGAAGCCCUCGGGGGCCGUGGCCACCAUGCCGGAGCUAGCGCAGAGGUCAGAUGCUCCUCUGGGCCGUCUCUGUAAUUCAGAUCCGGUCCGCUGGUUCAGCGUUUGGGGAAGCGAAGUGGUUCCUCGCGUGUCGGUGGCCGGAGGUGUCAUUGGCUUGAUCUUGGUGAACUCCACGAUGCCACAGGUGGUGAGGACAUCAGAUGGGUUGAUGCCGCAGAUCUCGCGAGCGAUGUGGAUCCGAAUGUGUCUCCGGAUCACACCGCUGGCGGGCGGCCUCAAAGCGGCACAGUACGCUGUGAUGCGAGAGAUGAAACUCACCUUGGACCAGGUUUGCCAUCCAGCCGUGUCAACAAUGCUGGCAUUUGGCGUGAUUGGCACUGGUUUCCAAUCGGUGAUCUACAACAGCCUCAUCUCGGAGAUGUACAAAAUCUACACGGGUAAGGAGAAGGCGGCGGUGACCAUGCGCGAGUUGGUGCGUGGCAUUCGACCAGGCAUCGUUUGGUGCUUUGGCCGGGAGUCCGUGGCCAUGGGCGCCGGCCUGUAUCUGGGCCCUGUUGUCAAAGAGAAGCUCGGCGCAUCCCUGAGGGAUGAGAAGGGCGACCACCGCAUCGCCGGCGUGCACCUUUCAGAGGGAAUGAUGCGGUUUGGCUCUGGCUUCUUGUCGGGCGCCUGCACAGCCUUUGGGACGCAGUGGAUGCACAACACCUCGCUCUUCGCAGGACGUUUGGCCGCCACUAACGAGCCCAGAGGGGCUCCGUACUACACGACGGAGGCGUGGCGUACCGCCUACAAGGAGCUGGGCCCGUCUGUUUUCUACAUGAACUACCCACAUCGAAUGUGCCUCAUCGCAGGCGCAGUUGCCUUGCUCAACUUCGUGGACAUAUUCCACCGCCGAGAGCUACGGAUGCUGCUGGAGUUGCGAGGGGACCUUCGGCGACGGCGCGGGGAUGCCAAGGGCAGCUUCGAGGCCUGGGCCGAGGCUGCCGCUUUGCGCGCGGCACUGGGCAAGGUCACUGGAGCGCCAGCGGCCGACCUCUACAUCAGGCUCGCGUCAGUUUGCGAGGAGUUGGGCGACGUCGCGCUUUCGGAGGACUACCAGGAACCUCAACAACACCCAGUCAUCGUGGAUGUCGGAAACGCCCACUUCACCUUAGUGAGUGGCUGGGAACGGCUUCGUGGCAGCUUGGGCCCAUUUGCUCUCCGGACUGCGUGGCGCAGCGCUUCGGCCCUCGAUGACGCGCUGCGUCGGCAGCUGGCGGACGGAGAAGGUUGGGAGUGUCUCAGCCUGAUCGUCAAGGCUUGCGCUGCCUUUGAAGCAGUGCAGCCCGCUCGAUUCAAGAAGGAGCUGGGGACAUUCCUUCCUCUGGCGGAGGCGGUCCAGGCUGGCCGACGGAGGCUCCCGGAGUUGGAGGUGCCGGAGGAGCUCGCCGCGCUGUGUGCAACCGGGAGUUCUGGAGUGCCCUCGAAGACUUCGUUGUCCCAGGAAGUCGAGGGAAGCCUUGCCAUGGAGGAAAAAGGCCAAACGAAGCAGAUGCAAAUCCACAUAGCCUCCCGCCUAUGUGCAAUGCCCACCUACCUGGCGCAUGCGGGGAGCGAGGCCGAGUGCGCGCUCUACGCCCGCAACUGCUAUGGUUGCUUCGACCUGGGCUGCAGAUACUGCCAGGUUAGCCCGCAGUCCUGGAACUUCGGCAGCGGUGGCUCUCCAGCCGCACUGGACUAUGUCUGCUUGUCGCGGCAUUACCAGUGCAUCGAUGUGCUGCAGCUGCGCCCGGACGUGAAGAGCGUCGAGUCGGUGGCCGUCACGGGCUGCCACGCACUGGAGCCGCCGAGGGCCAUGACGACGCGGCCGCCCACCACCACGACAGAGACCGAGGCGCCGGACCUGGGGAUCCUGAGUUCCAGUGGCUCGCAGGCUCCCUGGUGGCCCGAUGAGUGGAGCGUGGUGAUCUGGCUGGCCAUCAUCCUGGUCUCAGGCUUUCUGCUGGGCUUCUGCUGUUUCCUGGGCCGCCGCUGCCGGCGCCGACUGCAGAGAGUUCACGUGGCGCCACAAAGUGCGCUCGACUCGCGCAUGUUCAAAUCCAAGGUGGGCUCAGUUCAGUGGGACUUUGCCAAGGCAGGCGUCGUGAACGUUAGCGACUUGGAGGCAGCGAAGCGCGCUUUGGCCGCUGCGCUUCGAAGCGAGGCCUCCUCUGAAGCACUUCCCAGCCGCGGGCGCUGCCUGACAUUCUGGGCUUCCAACUGCUUACGCGUGGCCGUGUUAUCGGAGUUGGAUGUCCUCCUGGCUACGUACCCCAUACUGACGAUCAGUUUUGACGCAGAUUGGCGUCGAGCUGACAACUCCACCAUCGAAGCCUUGGCCAAGCUGCUGCUGCGCCACCGGGGCCGCUGCAAGUUUCGAACAGGUGGCUCUCAGCCCUUGGCGCUGCCCGCUGCGACUCUGGUGACGCUCGGCACCUUCGGGGAGGCGCUGGCCGCCUCACACAGCGAGGUGGAUUCCAUUUCCUUCGAGAAAGGACCGAAGGACGAGGGGAUAUGCAGUACCUCCCUGGCAGGGCUCAGGCUCAGCUCCCAAGAGGUGAUCUUUCAUCGGUCUCCGCUGGGAGAUCCGGGUUGCAGCUUGGUGUGCGGCUUCGUGAGAUCGUGGGGUGCCAGGCUGCAGAUUUGCAGGCUUGUCGAGUGCGGCUUCGGAGAUCUUGCUGCGGCCGGCGUGGCGCGCUUGUUGGCAAAUGCUCGGCAACCUGCCUCAGGGCUGAGAGAACUGAACUUGAGCGCCAACAAGUUUGGAGACGGGGGCGCGGCAGAGCUCGCCGACGCCCUGCCUCGGCUCGACUCCCUUGAGAAGCUGUUGUUGGAGAGGAACAAGAUUGGGGCCCUCGGUGCCAAGGCUUUGGCAGCACGCCUUCCGAGAAGCAACGUGCGGGAGCUGGUGAUGGGCACUCAUUUGGGUGGCAACCCGCUUGGCGAGGAGGGGGUGCAGGCUUUGGCGUCGGCCUUGGACGACGCGAUGCCCAGAGCCGCCGCGAACCGUGCGACACGGCUCCAGGCCUUGGCGUUGGAGGACUGUGGUGUCGGCCAAGCAGGUGCCAAGGCUCUUGCCGAGCAGAUCCCGAAGAGUGUCCUCCAGGCCCUGUCAGUGGCCCGGGGCCAUCUGGCGGACGAGGACGCCACGGCCCUGCUGUUGGCUUUGCCGGGCAGCAUCUCGUUUCUGGACCUCUCGGGAAAUGAGCUCAGCGACCUCACAGCCUCCAUUGCCGGGGAGGCCUUGUACAAGAAGCCCAAGCUGUCCAUCUCGCUGGCCGCAAACUACAUCAGCCCCACGAUCAAGCUGCUGCUUGCCGAGGAGCAUGGGACCCGCCUGAGGGUCUGA